GCCAUGAAGCGGCCCAGGGAACCCAGCGGCUCUGACAGCGAGUCCGACGGACCCAUCGACGUGGGCCGCGAGGGCGAGCUGAGCCAGAUGGCCAGGCCACUGUCCACCCCUAGCCCUUCGCAGAUGCAAGCUAGGAAGAAACGCAGAGGGAUUAUAGAGAAACGGCGCCGAGACCGCAUCAAUAGCAGCCUUUCUGAACUGCGACGCUUAGUCCCCACUGCCUUUGAGAAACAGGGCUCCUCCAAGCUGGAGAAGGCCGAGGUCCUGCAGAUGACAGUGGAUCACUUGAAAAUGCUCCAUGCCACUGGUGGGACAGGAUUCUUUGAUGCCCGAGCCCUGGCAGUUGACUUCCGGAGCAUCGGUUUUCGGGAGUGCCUCACCGAGGUCAUCAGGUACCUGGGGGUCCUGGAAGGGCCGAGCAGCCGUGCAGACCCUGUCCGGAUUCGUCUUCUCUCACACCUCAACAGCUACGCAGCUGAGAUGGAGCCUUCUCCCAUGCCUGCUGGCCCCCUGGCCUUCCCUGCCUGGCCCUGGUCCUUCUUCCAUAGCUGCCCGGGGCUGUCAACCCCCAGCAACCAGCUCACCAUCCUGGGAAGAGUGCCUGGUCCCAUCCUCCCCAGCGCCUCCUCUCUUGUUUACCCCAUCCCCGCCCUCCGCACCACUCCCGUGCGCCGAGCCACUGGUGCCAUCCUGCCAGCCCGGAGGAAUUUGCUGCCCAGUCGAGGGGCAUCUUCCACCCGGAGGGUCCACCCCCUGGAGAGGCCCGCCGCCCCCCUCCCCAUGGCCCCCAGCAUCAGGGCUGCCAGGAGCAGCCACGUGGCACCCCUCGUGCGAUCUUCUUCCCCCGUGCUCCCUGGCACCAUGGGGUCCCCUCCUUUUGUGGGUGUUCCUGCCCCCAGGCCUUCUUCCCCAGGGGCUGCUGGGAGGCCAGCAGGGGCUGUCCUCUGCCACUCCUGGGUGUCUGAAAUCACUGAAAUCGGGGCUUUCUGAGCUGGCUUCUCCCCAGAAGCGAUGAGGGUUCUUUUUCCAGGAGCUCUAAAAUCAGUGCUACCUUCUGCCCUGCUUCCUGGCCUGGCUCAUCUAUCUCUGAAAGCCUCUGCCUCACGCAGCUGAGGCCCCUUCUUCCUCUGGCCCGUCUCCCCUCCUCUCUGACUGUCCCAGCUUGUCCACCCAGCUCUCCUGGAGCUGCUGUAAUCUCAGAGUCCUAGUGUCAUUUCUUACCUGGACAAAUGAGUCAUGGGAGGGCCCCCACUAGCUCUGCCCAGACUCUUUCCUGCCCCUCCCCACCCUGUACACAGGGGGCAGCAGGCAUGAUCUGAGGUCUGAGAACAAAACUUUCACCUAAAAGGCCCAAUGGCCUCAGGCAGGCUGCUUGCUUAGAGAGAUCAGCCCCAGCCAGAGCCGUGACUAACUGGUGCAGCCUUCCCAGGCCCCCAGGGCCAGAACGUAGUGUCUGCCUCACUUCCUUCCGGAGACAGUAACUGAGUAGGGGCCCCAAAGUUGUCUCUGGAGAACCCCUGCCCACCCCACUGCAGUGAACCACGGGACAGCCCCCCUGGCCACCAGAGUCAAGGCCUGGGGACUAGGGGCCCAGCAGGGCCUGCUCGGGCCGCCUUCCCCACUGAGGACACCUACCCUCCAGCUGACCCACACUUCCCUGCACAGAGCUGGGAGGGGUCUGGGCAGCAAUAAGGCUCCAAAACAGGGCGUCCUUACCAGCAGGCCCGGGGCGGCGUUCCCAGACAAGAGCCAGGACUGAGCGAAGAGAACCCAGCGCCUGGCCUCUCGCACUGGAACCAUCCUCCAGAUGUGUGGUCCCUGUUGGGUGCACAGUGUGGAAGGUCAUGUUCCCAUGUGAUGGCGCCCAGAGAGGAACCCUCCUGGGACUCCGCACCAGACGUUUGUGCUGCCUGGUUUGUAUCCGGCUCACAGAGCCCAGACUGUGGGGACAGCCAAGGGCCAUCAGGCUCGACAAAAAUAACUGCAAGGAGGGGCGAGAGGAGGGACAGUCAGAGGCGGCUUGGCCCUUCAAGGUCACGCAGUGGGUCAAGGGCCUGAGAUCCUGGUCACCCAGGAUUCCACGAAGCUGGUCUGCUCAGAGGCCAUUUCAUUACCCAGUGCCUGGGCCACUUUUACUCUAACAGAGGACACAAAUGGCCUGGUGACCGGUCCCAGUGGGACAGCAGAGACUGGACAAGAUUGGGGCAAACCCAGGACUGACGGCUGGACCAGUACUGCCAGACCAGUUGUAAGAAUGUAGAAACACUUCUGUGCUUGUUGGCAAAUAUUCACUUCCCCUGAAUGCCUCUAAGCGGCCCCCUGCACGGGGUGGGUCUGGGUGGCUUUCCCCCCCAGGAUCCCAUGCCUGUUAAUCCCCGGCAGACUCGAGGCUAUGGGGUCCUCCAGCUGACAAUUCCUUGGUGUUUAUUUGCACUGUUAUUAAAUACUUCCUUCGAAUGUCACCCCCAGGAAGAUUCUUUCACCCCCACUCUUUGAUGGGACUACCCUCCCCAGAGACUAAAUUGGGGAGAUCCUUGGGCUCAGAAAUAGAGUUUGUUAAAACCCUGGGGGAGAGGACCCUUUCAAAGAAGUAGGGCAGAGGGCAGAGAUCAUUUAAGUGACCCAGAAAUCUCUCUUGAAAAAGGCAAAUUCCUCAAGAAGGCAAGAAGAGCUUCAGUGUUAGUCCGGUCAGAUCUCUGACCUCCCAGAUGCAUCUGAGACAUGUGGCAGUGGGGUGAGAGGGUGUCGCUUUAAGGAGGGGGUCCCUGGCCACGAGUGCUCCUGAGGGAGACAGACAGGGAGGGCGGGAUGGUCAGCAGGCCCCAGGACAGAAAGCAGAGCCCGACUUGUCCUUUCUCACAGAGGACCAGAGGGGCUGCUCCUGCUCCGUCUCCCUUCUUCCCCACCUCAUCUCCCUGGCUAUCCCAGCUGGUGGCUCACUGCUCCGGUGAUGCCAGGUCAGUGCCGCAAGCCUGCAGUUUGGCAGCUUGAUAGCCCAAGAAUAUGGAAAGCCCGUUUCCACGUUUCCAUUCCCCAACUCCAGAAGAAUGUGUUGACACUAUUGAGUGAGAUGGAAAUGACCCAGAACUUCCAGCAUCUGAGUUGACCUUGGGUUCAAUUUCCCCCAAGAGAUAGUGGUGGGGGGAACAGUGACUAUGUAUUUGUUUUCAGGGUUGAGGACUUGUAUUUUUUGUUUCUAUCCCCAACCCUUUCUGGUGUCCCCAACUCCUACCCCAUUGCUGGGGCUGUUGCAGGCAUCCAAUAAAGUUGUUUUAGUUCUUCUAAGAACCUCA